GUGGACUCAGAAGCCUAUCCCCUGCGGGGUCUCUCAGAGUUUGAGCCCGCCCCCUCCUGGCUGGGCGGCUGCUGAUGUUGCGCAUGCGUGCGGGUAGCCUGGAGCCUGGGUAUUCCUACGCCGCCGCCAGGAGGCGCAGCUGAGUCACAACCGCUCCUCCCCGCUCCCAGAGGCCCUGACUGGGAUGUAGGGGUGGAGCAGGCUUCGUGCACAGGCGCCCUAAGGCCGCGUUCGGCCAAGAUGGCGCCCGUGGAGCACGUUGUGGCGGAUGCCGGGGCCUUCCUUCGAGACGCGGCUCUGCAGGAUAUCGGGAAGAACAUCUACACUAUUCGGGAUGUGGUGAACGAGAUUCGGGACAAGCCCACGCGCAGGCGGCUCGCCGUCCUGCCCUACGAGCUGCGUUUCAAGGAGCCCUUCCCGGAAUACGUGCGGCUGGUGACUGAGUUUUCAAAGAAAACUGGAGACUAUCCCAGCCUCUCUGCCACAGAUAUCCAAGUGCUGGCACUCACCUAUCAGUUAGAAGCAGAGUUUGUUGGGGUAUCUCACCUAAAACAAGAACCAGAAAAGGUUAAAGUGAGCUCAUCAAGUCAGCACCCAGAGACUCCUCUACACAUUUCUGGUUUCCAUCUGCCCUCAAAGCCUAAACCCCCACGAGAAACACUACCACUUGGACACGCAGCCGGUGAGCCUGAGAACCUGGAAUUCAGUUCCUUCGUGUUCUGGAGAAACCCUUUGCCUAAUAUUGAUCGUGAACUGCAGGAGCUUCUGAUUGACAGAGGUGAUGGUGUUCCAAGUGAGGAGGACGAGGAGGAAGAGAAUGGAUUUGAAGAAAGGAAAGACGAUAGUGAUGACGACGGGGGUGGGUGGAUAACUCCCAGCAACAUCCAGCAGAUCCAGCGGGAGUUGGGGCAGUGUGCUGUCCCCAAGGACGUGCGGGUUGGCUGUGUAACUACAGACUUUGCCAUGCAGAAUGUCCUGCUUCAGAUGGGGUUGCACGUGCUGGCUGUGAAUGGCAUGCUGAUCCGAGAGGCCCGCAGCUACAUCUUACGCUGCCACGGCUGUUUCAAGACAACAUCUGACAUGAGCCUAGUAUUCUGUUCACAUUGUGGAAACAAGACCCUGAAGAAGGUGUCUGUGACCAUCAGCAACGAUGGAACCCUCCAUAUGCACUUUUCCCGCAACCCCAAGGUGCUGAAUCCUCGGGGCCUCCGGUAUUCACUUCCCACGCCCAAAGGGGGCAAAUAUGCCAUCAACCCACAUCUGACCGAGGACCAGCGCUUCCCUCAGCUGAGACUCUCCCGAAAGGCCAGGCAGAAAACUGAUGUGUUUGCCCCUGACUACAUAGCUGGGGUAUCACCCUUUGCGGAGAACGACAUCUCCAGCCGGUCAGCAACCCUGCAAAUCCGAGACAGCACCUUGGGAGCUGGGAGGAGGCGGUUAAAUCCCAAUGCUUCCAGAAAGAAGUUUGUGAAGAAAAGGUGAAGUGCAAGUUCCAGGGGCAAACAGGAUCACCACUGCAGCUGCUGAGGCACUCGGGUGCCUCAUUUCCCUGGCUCUCUGGCUCCAGAAUCGUCCGAUGCAAAUAGGACUGACUUGCUUACACAGUGUUGCUUCCUCACUCUCUGGGAUGGGUCGGGUUGGGUUCUUGGUGACACUGGGGUGUCCCUUGGCCUGUGAGCAUCCGGAGAGCUGGGGUUCCUGCCAUGCCAAGGGGAGUUUCAUGCAAACAGAAGAAACAGUGCCACGAAGCACAUCUUCAACUUCCAAAGAAAGGUACUUGCAAGUGGCAAUGUUUUUUGAAUAAACAUGUUACAGGCUUUGGUGCCUUUCAUUAAGUAGGCCAGAUGUUUGCUUUUUAGGUAAUUUGAAGGCUAACAUUUAAGCUGUAUGCCCAAUAUUAAACAUUUAGAUUUUUUUUUUUGCAAGAAAGUGUACUAAAUUUAUUAUAAUAAAACUAAGAGCUACGGUGUUUUCUCCUGA